AUGAGCAGAACCAGGAAACUAGUGCUCCCCCGUCCGUUUCAUGAGAAAAUUUAUCCGGCACAGGAAACUGAAACUAAUUAAAAACUCUUUCGUUGUGUUAGUAAAAUGGAUGAAUCGAGCACUCCAGAGGAUCAGGACCAGCUCUGCUGCCCAGUCUGUCUGGCUUUGCUCAACAGUCCGGUGACUAUAGGCUGCGGGCACAGUUUCUGCAUGAACUGCAUUAGAUGCUGGUGGGAAAAGGAGGGCAGGGAGGAAGGUACUGGAAACUACAGCUGCCCGGUGUGUCAGCACACUUUCAACCCCAGACCGGUUCUAUGCAAGAACGUAUUGCUGGCCGACCUGGUGGAGAAAAACAAACCCGGACCCGGAUCUGGAGCGGUCUGGUGCGACGUGUGCCCCAGGGGUACGCAGCUCGCCCUGAAAUCCUGCCUGAGGUGCGUGGCCUCGUACUGCGAGGCUCACCUGAAGCCACACUAUGAAUCCCCAGCCUUUCAGAGGCACCAGCUGACUGAAAGCGCAGGAAACCUGCAGGAGAUGGUCUGUACUCUCCACAAAGAGCCGCUGAAGGUUUACUGCCGCACCGACCAGCGAUGCGUCUGUUUCCUGUGUGUGAUGGACGAACACAAAAACCACGACACAGUCUCUGCUGUGGCCGAACACUUCGAAAGGCAGAAAUCUCUGAGUGCAGAGCGGGAAAAAAUCCUGAAAUGGAUCCAGGAGAAAGAGACGAAACUGCAGGACAUGAGACAGGGAGAAAAUUUGCUCACGCAGACUGCACAGAAAGCAGUGGCAGACAAUGAGAGGCUUUUCGCUGAUAUCAUCCAGGCCAUUGAGAGACAGCGCUCAAAGGUGAAGGAGCUGAUCCUGAGUGAACAGAAGGCUGCAGAGGCUCACUCCACAGACCUAAAGAGGAGGCUGCAGGAGGAGAUCACCCAGCUGCGGAGGAGGGAAGCCAAGCUUCAGAAACUCGCACAGACGGACGAUCACAUCCGCUUUCUCCAGGGCUGGAGGUCUCUCACUGCCCCUCACUGUGCUGUAGCACACGUCACUGCAGAUCCACAGCUCUCCUUUGUGUCUGUGAUCAAAGCUGUUACUGAGCUGAGAUACCAACUGAUGACCUUCUGCCAGGGGCAAUGUGAAAAGAUGUCAGAAAAAGUCUGCAGGGUAAAUGAAGUGGCUGCUCUUCCAUCUCGGAAGCACAGGGCCAGAGCAGAGAGUCCUUUGUCGUCUGCCACAUUCAGAGCAGAAUUUCAGAAUAUCAGAUCUGGGGAGACAGGAAGUGGGUGUGGUCACCCUGCAAUUAAAGUGCAAGUUCUGGAGAGUAUGACGUCACUACCAGAGCCCAGGACCAGAGGAGACUUCCUAAGAUAUGCCUGUGAGCUCACACUGGACCUCGACACAGCACACGUGAAGCUGCUUCUCUCGGCAGGGAACAGGGAGGUGACGUGUGUGAAAGAAAGGCAAAAAUACCCAAAUAACUCUGAGAGAUUUGAUUGCAGGUGUCAGAUUCUCAGCAGGGAGGCUCUAUCAGGCAGACGCUGUUACUGGGAGGUCGAGGUGAGGGGGAAUAAGGCGGAAAUAGCGGUCGCAUACAAAGGGAUAAAGCGGAAAGGUGGGAACCGAGCCAGUUCAUUCGGAGGGAAUGACAAGUCCUGGAGUUUGGAUGCCAUAAAUGGAGUUUACUCCUUUUGCCACAAUAAUGAUGGGAUCCAAUUGCGUGCCCCAUACUGUUCCAAAGUAGGGGUGUACCUGGAUCACCCGGGUGGAACGCUGUCAUUUUAUAGUGUCUCUGGCGACAUGACCCUGCUAUAUAGCGUGCCGGCUGUGUUCACUGAGCCUGUAUACGCUGGGUUUUGGAUUGGGGAACAAUGUGCUGUGAAACUCCUGGACCUUACUUAGCACCCUGGUGUACCGCACUGACCCGUAUGGUCAAAGUGAGAUCAAAGAAUCUGCUUUUUUCAAAUACCUCUUAAUAUAAUCCGGUGCUGCCACUGUCAGAUGGCUCAUUCCCCUAAAUCACUGGUUUUUAUAGCAGAGAGUUGUUGUAAAUAUGAGAAAAGAAACAGGUAGCCUCAUGAAAAACCACAUGAAAUGAAAUCUGAAGUGCCCUCAUUUGACCAAUAAUUAGUGUGAUUGCAAAGCAAUGUUUUUUUUAACUGCCAUUACUCACUCAAUUUUGGGACUACAUGCAUAUAUUCAAUAUAUUACAUAUAUCAUGUAUUUAUGCAAAUUAACUGUGUGCUCAAGGAAACAUAUGAUGUCAUAAUACUUUACCUUAGCCAGCAAUAUUUAAUAUUUAAAUAUUUAAACACCAUUGCAUUAGCAGUAGUAGCAAUAGUCAACAGAUUUGACGCAAUCACACUCUCUUUAUGAAAUGCACAUUGCUAGUUUAUACUUAAAUCAUUCAUUCUGAGCAUUAAUGUAAUGUGUACUUUGUACAGUAGAUAUGAAAUCACGAUGAGUGGAUAAUAAAAGAUUAAUAAAUGUAUUUUACUUUCAUAAAAAUAUUUUUAAAUGUGAAAAGAGGGAGGUCAUCUCAAUGCACUGUAAUUCACACAGAAAAGGCUUCUAAAGUCAUGUUCUAGGCCUCUUUUAUCCUCAUUUCUCUAAAAAAUGAAAAAUAGGCUCUGUGUCAUGCUUUGUGUCAAUAAACUUUUAGGAAAAUA